AUGGCACUUAGUCCCACUACCCGCGGGGCUCUCUUUUCCACCGCCAUUCGAUCGUUGCUCGUGGUGGCGGCCUUCUUGUCUUUCCCGACACUGGUCGAAGACAUCUCGCCGCUAAUCUUUUUGAAGGACGGUGCCCUGUCCGACGAAGUGCGCUUGGGGCUGACGGGAUCGUUUUUGCCCGGCGUAUCGCUGCUGUUCGGUGCGCUCUUCUCCUACACCAUCUCCUUGCUGGUCAACAGGCAGAUCAAGAUCGAGGAGAUCGUGAACGCGGAGGUAUCAGCCCUAUUGGCGAUAUUGCUGCACAUGGAAGACUACUUCAGGUAUAGCCCGGUAGCUCUGGAGGCGGCGAUGGAGGCGGCAUGGAGACACACGGACACUCUCAUAUUCCAGAGCCGUUACCAGGAGAUUUUGCUUCUUGUCCAAGACGACCCCCUAGAAGACCUCAUGAGGCUUAUCAUCGCCGUGGAUGACGAAGUACUGGCUUCGGAUGCCCACCGCAACAAGUCCGGGGUGCAUCGAGACAGCUUGGGGUACCUGAGGGGAGUGUCUUCGGACCUACUCAAGCUUAGAACGACGCGGCUGUCGAGCGAGGGAAGAGUUCUCCCCCCCGUGCACUUCGGGAUUCUCGUCAUUCUCGCCAGCAUGCUCUUGUUCGGCUUCACGCUGGCGUCGGCUCAACCGCCGACAGUGGACGGGCCUGUUGCAGCGGCCUUCGAGAGCAGAGUGCUCUUUACCCUGUUGCUCUUCAGCUUCUCGCUGCUGUUGGAAUUUGCCUUGGACUUGACGAACCCGUUCGUGGGGCGUUACAAGGUCCGGCGGACAACAACGACCGCCAUCAUGGUCAAGAUAAGGAGCGAGAUCGUUGCGGUGAUGGGCCGGCAGCACAUGAAGGACUUCGACGUGAUGUUCAACAUCCAGAAGAGACGUACCCUGAGAGACUUCAAGCGCGAGACCGGAAUGACUCUUCCAUCGGACAACCAGAUUCAGCCUCUACCGUAG